AUGUUUAGUAAACCAAAUGCUCCAUUCAAACCACCAAGGUUAAUCAGAAAAGAUGAACCACUGGAAGUGUCCAGACCCGUUGCAAAAUCAUUACCAACAUCAAAUAAAUCAUCUUUAUUAAAAAGACAACGAGUUCCAACUAUCAACAACACAAUUACAAAAAAAAUCAAACCUGAAGAAAAUUUAGACACCACCAAACUGGAGAAAUAUAUUGUUCAAUGGAGACGAAAAACAAAUAAAAAGAAUAAAAGUUGGGAUGGAGAUGGUCAAGCAAUUAUUAAAUAUUUAGAAUCUGGUUGUGAAAUAACUUUAAAAAGUAGUGAUGGGAAACCAAUGAGUAAGAAAAAAUUCAUUCAACUUCCAAAUUUCAAUGAUGUUAUUGCUAUAAGUGUUUAUGAAAUUAUGUUAGAUGAAAAAGUUGAUGAUGAAUUUCCAAAAGAGGAUUCUAUUAUUGAAAUUGAACCAUCCCCACCACCACAAAUUAUAACAACAGAGUUUAAAAAAGUUGUGCCAGAAAAUUAUGUAGAACAAACUCAAUCAAGAAAUCCAUUAUAUAAAGAUACAUCAACUAUUUCAUUAACACCACCUCCAAAUUCAACGAAUUAUGUGGAUAUUAAUAUAGAUCCUUUAUUAUCUAAUAUAUUACGACCUCAUCAAAUUGAAGGUGUCAAAUUUUUAUAUGAAUGUUUAAUGGGUUAUAGAGAUUUCAAAGGUAAUGGUUGUUUAUUAGCUGAUGAAAUGGGUUUAGGUAAAACUUUAAUGACUAUAACAACAAUUUGGACUUUAUUAAAACAAAAUCCAGAUCCAAUCAAAAAAUCACCAAUUGUAAAUAAAAUUUUAAUCGUUUGUCCAGUAACAUUAAUAAACAAUUGGGGACAAGAAUUUAAAAAAUGGCUUGGUCCAAAUAAAAUUAAUGUUUUAACUUUAAAUAAUCCAAAAUGUGAUGAUAAAAGAGAAAUUAUAAAUUUUGGAAAAUUAAAUGUUUAUCAAGUCUUAAUUAUAAAUUAUGAAAAAAUCUUAUCACAUAUAGAUGAAUUAUCAACAGUGAAUUUUAAUCUAUUGGUUUGUGAUGAAGGUCAUAGAUUAAAGAAUAACUCAGCAAAAGUAUUAAUCAAUUUGAAGAAGUUGAAUAUAUCAAAAAAGAUCAUAUUAACUGGUACUCCAAUACAAAAUGAUCUUGAAGAAUUUCAUACAAUUGUUUCAUUUAUAAAUCCAGAUGUAUUACCAACAUUUAAAACUUUCCAAAAGGAAUUUAUAAAUCCAAUUACAAGAGCAAGAGAUAUCAAUUGUUUUAAUUUAAGCAUAAAGACUAUAGGUGAACAAAAAUCAAAAGAAUUGAUUGAAUUAACACAUAAAUUUAUUUUACGAAGAACUCAAUCAAUAUUAGAAAAUUAUUUAACUAAUAAAACUGAUAUUUUAUUAUUUGUUCCACCAACAAAUUUACAAUUAAAAUUAUUUGCUGAAAUUAAAGAUUCAAAUAAAUUUAAUUUGGAAACAGGAUCUAAUUCAUUAGCUUUAAUAAAUGUGUUUCGCAAAAUUUGUAAUUCUCCUUCAUUAUUAGCUACUGAUGAAUAUUAUAAAUCAAUUUGUUCAGAACCCAUAAAAUUAUCAACAAGUUCAGGAAAACUAAAUGCUUUAAUACCAUUAAUUUUAGAAAUUGUUAAACAUAAUGAAAAAAUUGUUUUAAUUUCAAAUUAUACAAAAACUCUUGAUUUUUUAGAACUUGUUAUUAAUAAAUUAAAUUUAAAACAUUUAAGAUUAGAUGGUUCAACUUCAAAUAAUUUAAGAAAUAAAUUAGUUAAUCAAUUUAAUAAAGAUGAACUGAUAAAUAUUUUUUUAUUAUCUUCAAAAUCUGGUGGAAUGGGUAUUAAUUUAAUUGGAGCAUCAAGAUUAAUACUUUAUGAUAAUGAUUGGAAUCCAUCAACUGAUUUACAAUCAAUGUCAAGAAUUCAUAGAGAUGGUCAAUUAAAACCAUGUUUUAUAUAUAGAAUUUUUACAACUGGAUGUAUUGAUGAAAAAAUAUUUCAAAGACAAUUGAUGAAAAAUAAACUUAGUUCAAAAUUUUUAGAUAACGACGUUUCAUCAACUUCUGAUGUUUUUGAUUAUAAUGAUUUAAAAAAUUUAUUUACUAUAAAUGAAAAUACAAAAUCAAAUACUCAUGAUUUAUUAGAAUGUUCAUGUUGUGGUGAUGGUUCUGUAAUAUUAACUCAAGAAGAUGAAUCAGAAUCAGAGGGAGAAGAUUUAUUUGAAACAAGAAAUUCUUUCUUGUCUGCUUCAGAUUUACAAAAAAGAAUGGAUGAAGAAGGUGCUAAAGUAAAAGCUGUAAAAAAAGCAUUAUCAGAUUAUGCUCAUUAUGAUCCAGAAACUACUACUGACCUACAGUUUGAUCCAGUGUUGAGUAAAAUUGUUAAAAAUAUAUCUUAUGAACAAAAAUUACCAUUCACUUAUAUAAUGCAAAAAAGUAGAAAGAAUCAACCUUGA